CCUUUUAACAUUACUCCUGACUUCCAGUUCCAUGUUAAAGAACAGCACAGUUAACGCAGCAUCCAUGCCUGGUCAGAACUAUAGCACCACGUCUGAGUUUAUUCUCUUCGGCUUCUCAGCCUUCCCGCAGCAGCUCCUGCCCGCCUUCUUCCUGCUGUACCUCCUGAUGUACCUGUUCACGUUGCUGGGGAACCUGCUCAUCAUGGCCACCGUCUGGACUGAACACAGACUCCACACGCCCAUGUACCUCUUCCUGUGCGCCCUGUCCGUCUCUGAGAUUCUGUUCACGGUCACCAUCACUCCCCGCAUGCUGGCCGACCUGCUCUCCACCCACCGCUCCAUCACCUUUGUGGCCUGCGCCAACCAGAUGUUCUUCUCCUUCAUGUUCGGCUUCACCCACUCCUUCCUGCUCAUGGUCAUGGGCUACGACCGCUACGUGGCCAUCUGCCACCCCCUGCGCUACCACGUGCUCAUGAGCCCCCGUGGCUGUGCCCGUCUUGUGGCCUGGACCUGGGCUGGUGGCUCAGUCAUGGGGAUGGUGGUGACAUCAAUAGUUUUCCAUCUCACCUUCUGCAGGUCAAAUGUGAUCCACCAUUUUCUCUGCCACGUGCUUAGCCUCUUGAAGUUGGCCUGUGGGGACAGGACAUCCUCUGUCAUCAUGGGUGUGAUCCUGGUGUGUGUCACAGCCCUGAUAGGCUGUUUACUCCUCAUCCUCCUAUCCUAUGUCUUCAUCGUGGCUGCCAUCCUGAGGAUCCCCUCUGCUGAGGGCCGGCACAGGACGUUCUCCACGUGUGUAUCCCACCUCACCGUGGUGGUUGUGCACUAUGGCUUUGCCUCCAUUAUCUACCUCAAGCCCAAGGGUCCCCAUUCUAUGUACAGUGACACCCUGAUGGCCACCACCUACACGGUCUUCACCCCCUUCCUUAGCCCGGUCAUUUUCAGCCUAAGGAACAAGGAGCUGAAGAAUGCCAUCAAUGGAAGCUUCCGCAGAAAGUUCUGCCCCCUCGUCUCCCGAUGGCCAGCUAGGGUCUGCAGUGGUGAACACUGCUGGUCCUUGGCGCACUGCGAGCUGGGGGGUGCACAGCAGCCUGGAGUCCUACUAGGUGCUCAGCAGAGGAGUUUGCUGGAGGCCUGUGCCCAACAGCUCAGCUCUGCUGGUUCCCACAGCAAUCUCAGCGGGACAAAAGUGAAGCUGGUCAUUCCAGUAGUGCCCCAAAAGCCUGGGGAUGCGGCCGAGGGGAGCCCCUCUUUCCCACUGCCCCACCAGAUCCCUUCCUCCCUCUGUCCAGCCCAUGCCCCAUGCCUUUCCCGGAUCAGCUACGACCCCUGCCCACGGCACAGCUGGGCCAUGGGGAGAAAUCGCAGUCUCUCCCCACCCCCUUCCUGGGGCAGCUUCCUCCUCUCACCCUAUCGUCCAGUGUCCGUGUUGUCCCGAUGCGUCCCAGAGCCCAGCCUGGAACCCCAUCCUCAUGGCUCUUUGGAGAAACCUUCCCCUUGGAUGGGAUAA